CUCACGCCAAACACCCUUUCUCUCUAUCUCUCAUCCCCACUCAAAAUGCAAAUUCCUCACGCCAAACACCUGUUCUCUCUCUGCCUCUCAUCCCCACUCAAACUUGCAUUUUAGCAAUUUAAACCCGACAACAUCAAAAUCCGGCAUCUUCAAUUUCGCCGGCAAUGAUCUCCCUUGCUGGAAUUCAAUGAGCGACGACCUCCGCCGCGGGAAGCCGAUGAUAUCUGAAUUCAAGCAAUAAAAUUGAAUACAAAGAACAGAGGUAGAGAGAUUUACAAAUUCUAAUCGCGCAAAAUCAAAAUUGGAAGUACUACUGCCACAUGCACUCCUGAAGAAGAGAAUGCAAAAGCUGCGCAAAACAAUGUUGAAAAACUUCCCGUCUCUUUUCUUCUUACAUAUUUGUUCUUUUGUGCAUUGUAUAACCAUGAAUUUAUUCUUCCACAUUAUGAUUUUUUAAAUAUCCACGUGUCAAUUUCUUGUUGGUGUAUUAUGUGAUGUUUUAUAAAAUAUUGGAGGUGAUCCGGGGCGCUUCCCUCCCGCAUUUUUGGAAUCUCUUUACAAUCAAUUUCCUCCUUCUUUCAAAUUUUUCUCGAAUAAUUUGUCGAUUUAUCUCCCUUUGCGAAAUUGGAUUCGCAUACUGCUGCUUGAGAAGUUUGAUUUCGUCAAAGCAUCGAAAAACCCUAAAUUUGAUUUGGAUGGCAGCGUCGUUGGAGCCUCCGUCUACUCUCAUUGAUGAAGAUCAAUAUCGCGUGUUCGUGCAGUCCAUGGAGGCGCAAGGCGCGUAUUCGCCUCCUGGUCCUUCAUCUGUGGGCAUUGUUGAUUUCGAACGGCCUGAUUCGCGCUAUUAUUUAUGUGAAAGCGAUAUAGCGGAUUUGACUGCGUAUGAAUCUGCUGCUGGUGCGGCGAAGAAGCCGGUCUGGAACAAGUCUUCGAGUGGGGCAGCUGGGAAGGUUGGUGCGGUGAUGGGGGCGGAGUCUUGGCCUGCUCUCUCGGACACUGCUCGUGGAUCCCCCAAGUCUCCGCUAGUUUCGUCAAAUGGACAGGGAGUAGUAGUAUCAGACACUAGCAUCUCGAGUGGUGGUUACAGUAUGAACCACAUCAGAUUGGAGGCUGAUGGCACCAUAUCUCAAGCUCCUUGCAUCAUAGGAGCUUUAGCUGAAUCACAGCAGCAGAAUGCUGGAAAUUAUGGGCAGAGAGAAAGAUCAUUUGGUGGUAAUGAGCAGCAGUCACAGCAUGGUUCUUUUAGGGGUAAUAAUAAUGGGCCACAAGCUCGACCUGAUGGUUCUUACCGUCAUAGACACGGUGGAAGACGCGAUCAUAACCGGAGGGAAGGCUUUGCAUCUCAGAAGAGAGAUGGUUCUAGGCCCUUUGUACGCGGGCCAGCUCCAAAUUGGCCUUUUGUACCUCCUCCAGUAGUUAUGCGACCUUUUGUAAAUCCCAUGGUUUACCAUGAGAUGCCACAGGUAUUCUUUGUCCCUGGCCCCCACCUAGAUUCACCAAGGCCGCCACCUAUGGUUUCAUAUACGCCACUUUUGUUUCCUGUGCCCGAUCCUCACUUACUUAACAAGAUUUUGAACCAGAUAAACUACUAUUUUAGUAAUGAGAACCUGGUCAAGGACAUACAUUUGCGCAGGAACAUGGACUCUGAAGGAUGGGUGUCUGUUCACCUUAUUGCUGGGUUCAAUAAAGUCAGGCAGCUGACAAACAGUGUUCACCUUAUAUUAGAUGCCUUACAAGCUUCCUAUAUCAUCGAAGUGCAGGGUGAUAAAGUGAGACGCAGAGGUGAUUGGCUUAAAUGGUUGAUACCGCCUACUCAAAAUCCUACCACAAGCCCUGCAUUUUAUGCUUCUAGUCAGUAUAACUAUUUAGAAGAUAUCGACUAGAGACCUGCCCUGCUUAACACGCCGUAUGGGAACUCAAAGCCACCCAAACUGCGUAGCGUGCAUUUAUCCAAGAUGCAUUUGAAUGGAAAACAAUCCCCAUGUCUCCCCCCUUGGCACAAUUUUGUUUGUUUUUAUUUUUGGAGAAAACAGGAAAAAAAGGAACCUGGCAGCAUAGGCCGGAACGAUUAUUUUUAAGCAGCAGGCGGUCACAAAUGUGUGACGGAAUGAUGUCUUUCGUCUUACUGACAGCGGCUUCACUUCUUGGUUAAUCGCAAAUAAGAGAACAAUUGGUAGAAAAUUAUUUGUAGUUGGAAUUUUGUGACUUUAUAGCCUGAUUUUUUUCAGGUUCAAUUUUUGUUUCCAACUUUCCCAUGAGUUUUUUCUUUACUUUCUUCUUGUCUAGCUUUAUAAUUCAUAGAAAUGAGAUAUGUACAGAAUAAGUCCAAUUUGUGAGCCAAUGCUUGGAUUUGUUGAAGAUUUUUCA